AUGGCGCCACAUGUCCCUGCAUCUAUGCCAGACGGGCCCAUCUGCCAAGGCCCUGGUUCCAGCCGCCGGAAAGCCAGGCUGCCUGUGCCUGCAGUGGACCCCGCGCUCCAGCUGGGGAGGAAGCACCUGAUACCCACGCCUUCCCCGUCACCCACUCCCUGUGAGCCCUGGUCGGUGGAAGAAACACACACAGCUGAGCCUGCGGACCUUUAUGCUUCUGUGGGUGCCGCGCUGGGCAAGGGGCAGCGUGAGGGCUCAGGGCCUCCUCACCUGAACGAAGAGUACAGCCCUGCACCUCUCCUGGGCCACUUCCUGCGGGUCCAGAGGCCCAGGAAGGCCCUCCAGCCGCCCAGGGCAGGGGCUGCCAGCGGUGCCGCCUCCGGGGUGGCUCCCGGCUCGCUGUGGCCGACGCCCGAACAGCUGCGCGAACUGGAGGCGGAGGAGCGAGAAUGGCACCCGAGCCUGGCCGCCAUGCAGGAGUCGCUGCGGGCGAAACAGCUGGCGGAGGAACAAAAGUGUAGGCAGAGGGAGCAGCUCAUCGCUGAGCGCAUGGCCAAGAUGCCACAAAUGAUUGAGAAUUGGCGGCAGCAGCAGCGCGAGCGCUGGGAGAAGGCACAGGCAGACAAAGAGCGCAGGGCCCGCCUGCAGGCUGAGGCCCAGGAACGCCUGGGCUACCACGUGGACUCACGGAGCACACGCUUCCAGGAGCUGCUGCAGGAUCUGGAGAAGCAGGAGCGCAAGCGUCUCAAGGAGGAGAAGCAGAGGCAGAAGAAGGAGGCCCGAGCUGCUGCCAUGGCUGCCAGCACAACCCAGGACCCAGAAGCCUCUGGGAUGGCCAGCUCCUGAGCUUUCCCAAUAAAGCCUGCUGCCCAGCAGCCCCUCUGCACAGGACUCUGCGUCCUUUCUCC